UCCGCACAUCUCGCGAUGAAAGCCAGGAAACGCGAUAGUUUUGUGCUUCACGCAAAGUUAAAGACUAAUCACAGCAGCACAGUGGCAGCAGCAGCAGCAGCUAUGGCCGCUUUCCGCAGAGUGGCAGCGCUGGCUGGUAAACUAAACCUCUUGUCAGCGGCGAGAAACACGCUCGUCGGUGGCCAGGUGGCAAAUGGAGGGAGGAUAAGGAGGUGUGUGGCUGUCGGGAUGUGUCUUGCAACUGGGGGUGCCGUAGCACUUUACUUGUACAAUGACAUGACGAGCAUCGGUGGCAGGAAGAGAGGCAGUCGCAGCAUCAACGGUUUGCUACCGUCUGUCCCAACAGUUGAAGCCAAGGAUAAGGCUCGUCCAUUUGACUUUGAAGAUGGAGACGUGUACAUGUCGUCCCACGAGCAUCGCUUCCGCAUGUUCAGCUCUGUGGAGUAUGAAGGGCAGCUGUUCAUGACUCCACAGAACUUCAUCGAGUCGGUCACAAUGAGCGAACCGAGAAACAAGAGGCCCUGGAGGUCCCUGACCAAACAGGAGCUGGAGAAGAUUUUGACAGAAACUCCCCCAGUAUGGAGAGGAUCCUCCAAACUUUUCCGCAACCUGAGAGAACGAGGCAUCAUCUCGUACACAGAGUACCUGUUCCUGCUCUGCAUCCUUACGAAGCCCCAUGCUGGCUUUAAGAUUGCUUUCAAUAUGUUUGAUGCAGACGGCAACCAGAUGGUGGACAAGAGGGAGUUCUUGGUGCUUCAGGAGAUCUUCCGCAAGAAAAAUGAGAAGAAAGGGAGGAAAGGAGAUGCUGAGAAGUCAGCACAGUUGAGUAUGCAGCUCUAUGGAUAUCAGGUUGCCCCCGUGAACAGCGUGCUAAAAAAAGACAGUCAGGAGUUUGUGGCACGGAGUUACUGGGACGUUCUGAGGCGAAGCGCCAGUCAAGUCCUCUUUUCUGACCUGGCGGAGCGAGCAGAUGAGAGUAUCACUAUUGACACUACCCUAUUGGUCCACUUCUUUGGGAAGAAAGGGAAGGCAGAGCUUACAUUUGAUGACUUCUACAGGUUUAUGGAUAACCUUCAAACUGAGGUGCUGGAAAUUGAGUUUUUGACCUACUCUAAAGGGAUGACCACUAUCAGUGAAGAAGACUUUGCCAAAAUCCUGCUGCGCUUCACCAAUGUGGAGAACAUCAGCGCUUAUCUGGAGAAUGUCCGUCGUUGUAUACCUGACGAAAAGGGAAUCACCUUUGAUGAGUUCAGAUCCUUCUUCCAGUUUCUCAACAACCUUGAGGACUUUGCCAUCGCCAUGCAGAUGUACAAUUUUGCUUCUCGCUCCAUUGGACAAGAUGAGUUUGCAAGAGCGGUGUAUGUGGCCACUGGGCUGAACCUGACACGUCACCUUGUACACACUAUCUUCAAGAUCUUUGAUGUCGAUCACGACGACCAGCUGUCAUACAAGGAGUUCAUUGGAAUAAUGAAGGACCGGCUGCACAGAGGAGCUAGGGGAUAUAAAUCUGUGGAGCGCGUCACCUCUUUCAGAUCCUGUCUAAAGAAGGAGCUGGCCAGCAGCAGGUGAAGGGCCAACACCACACCUCCUUCUCCAGCUGUCUUCGCUCUGGAGCCAGAAGACAAGUGCACAAGCUCUGGAGGAAGUACAAGGAGAAGCCAUAAAGGGAGAGAGAAGGCAGAAAAACUCAUGAAGGAAGACAUCAGAUGAUGAAAUAAAUCGAAUUGAGCUCUGACUUUUAUAGUCGGUGAUCUGAGAUAACAGCAUUGCAUUUACAAGGACAGAUUUCCAGCGGAUCUCUACAUCAGAUAAAAACGACAAGCAUGACCACACAUAGCUGACUGAAACUCUAUAUGCUGAGAGUGAGCAAUAUCAUUAUUUUCUUGGUUCCUGUUUUCCCAGUCACCUACACGUGAUGUCAGUCAUCCCAAGCGUGAUUUACCGUAUUACAGAAUUAGAUUAGAAUCUGACUUUACUCUUCAAGCAUGGGACCUCCACAACAGUUAUUGAAAGUGUAACUAAUCUUAACUAGCUUACUUAUUUUGACCAGCCAAAAAUUCAUGCAUUCAUUUCAUAACUAAGCAUAUUUUUUGCAUUUUUGAGGUUUGUCAACAGAAUUCUAUUUUCAUUUCUCGAACAUUAUCAAUUACUUACAGAAACUAUAUAUAUUUUAUAAAGCACGGCACUACAAACUGUAAAAACGGAAAGAGCACAACAUUAAUUACAUUGCAAUAUAUUUGGCAACGAGGAUGAUAUCUAUAUAAUAAUGUUAAUAUAAAAUAUUAACAUACAGAAGUAUACAAAAUUGUGUGAUUUAAUGAAGAAAUUAUGGAUAUGUAUUUCCUCACCUAAUUUUAAUCGUCUCUACGUCUUUUAUUUGGUCUCUCUAGCCAGUGUAAUUGUUGCUUUUUAUUGCACAGAGAGAGAGUAUGUAAACACUUAAACACUAUAUUAUCCUAAUAUUACGACAACACUUGGAUGUCUGUGACCUGUAUGGGACAGCACAGAACAUAAAAGACACAGAUAUGUUUUUCUUAUUUUGUAACUUCAAUAUUUCACAUUACUAAAUCCUUCAUAUCUUGACCUGUUUGUGUUGCAUGUAUGACUUGAAUGGACAACACAGUGAUGCAGUGGGGCCUUUCUGUGUGGAGUUUGCAUGUUUCUGCGUGGGUUCCCUCCACUCUCCAAAAACAGGCAGCUUGGGCUAACUGGAAACUAUAAAUUGUCCGUGGGCGUGAAUGUCAGCGUUAAUGGUUGUUUCUCCCUUUGAAGCUGUGAUUAACAUCUGGCCAGGGUGAUCUGAUCACAAGUGGUCUAUCAGCUCACAUUUUCCAUUAUUAUGCAUAUUCUUGACUGUCAGCCCUAUGGUGAGCUGGUGACCUCACCAGGAACAACCGUUUGAUACAGAUAUCCACAACAUAGGUGCCUUUUACCCAUUCCGUUUCUCCUGAGUAAAACGUCACAUAGCAAUAGCAUACUUUUUCAGUGUUGCUUUUAACAGUAAUAAAACUUAAAAUGUGUGCAUGAUUAUGGCAUUAUAUGUAUUAUAUGUUACAACAAGUGAUUCAUUACCCAGUCUUGAAUGGUGCAAUACAGUAUGAAUUUUCGAAUAUAAUUUUUAAUGUGUCACAUAUGGAAUAUAUUUUGAAUACAUUGAAGUGAGGGGAGAAGUCUAGAUGUCUGGGGAAUGGUGGGUUUUUCCCAGGUUGGUUCUCAUAGCGUAUACUACUGUCACUGUGCUUCAAAAAGAUCAUGUAUUUAUCAGAUCUGUGGACCUGGUGAAUAAUUUUCCUGCAUGAAUAAACUAAUUUAAGAUGUUAGAAAGCGUGACAUUCAUUGCGCAUGCGCGACGCCAUUCUAUACGUGGCCAACUUUAAUUGCUGAAGAAAGACGCGCACACCUGAAUCUUAGGGAUAAAGCCUGGUCCUUCCCACGGGAUAAAACAAAUGUGUCACAAUCCCACGGCUGCGACAUUGGUAAGAGUGGUUUUCUGUGAGGCGUCAAGAAAAAGUUUGUUGACAUUACAGAAGCUUGUUAGCGUUACGCUAACGUUAUUAGCUAGCUACCGAAGAAUAAGGGAAAUACAUCACCACAUUCUUCUAUUUUUGCUCCCUUCUCACCAUUUAGUCAUUAAUAUAACCUGUAUUCGGUCGAAUUUGUAGAAGUACAGAAUUAAAAAAAAUAAAAAACAUUCUCGUCUGGCCCUGUUAGUUUUAGUUGGACGCCUAUGGUAACAUUAGCCAAGGUUAGGAAAUAGUAUUACUAGUUUAGCUUCAGUCGAAAGUUCUGUAAUGUUGGUGUCGUUAUCUAAUCUUACGAUUUAUGUGUACCAGUGUGACUUGCAUAACAAUCUGGUAUUUUCUAUUUUGAGUGGUUCUCGUUAAGUUCAAACUCUUCUCGAUGAAAUGUUAUCUAAUGAAUUGCCGCCCUCACGUGUCGUAUGAAACAAGCUGCUGGGAAGAACGGUCGUAAUUGAACACAGGACUCAUGUCAAAGUCAUGGCAAAGUUAUGGCAAAAAUGACUGCAGACGUUGCACGAUAUUUAUUGUGAACUGACGUUGUGCCUGCUGUUGUUGUUGUAAGCUAUCGUACUUUACUUCUUUUGCGUAUAAGCUGAUCUCUGAAAACACUUUAAACGAGGCGCACCUGGCUUUGCAGAUGUAAACGGAACUGUAUUUCUUUGCCAGUUUUCUGUCAGGAACAUAAAAGUCGACGCACCGUUUAAGCAUGUAUCUCGUGUAGUAACCAAAAUGAAUAACUUGUAAUACUUAAAGCGUCAUCCCUGUUGUCUCGUUGUUGUCCAUACAGUCCAGUCUAUUGUUAAGGAUUAAUAAAUAAAUUAAAACAUGUAAUGCACGCAUAUUAAAUAGACGUAUUGAGUCAGGUCGCAAAGCAUUGUGGGUGCCUCGAAAGUCUUAACAUUAAAUCAAUACUUUCAGUAACAUUUCAGACUAAGUUUGUAUUAUCGUGGUUUUACGGUUAUACUUUGUUUACUACUCAUUAAUUUGGUGUUUUUGUUACGUGUGAAAGCGGAGAGGAACCCCGACUGAGAAUGAUUUUCCUGUGAAUGAGGUGCUGUGUUCAGCUGUGACUAAGUUAAGACUAUACUUUCAGGGAUCAUUUCUAUAGUUUCUAACUUGAGAAAUGUGUUUCUAAAGUGUUUGGUCUCGCUAACCACGAUGAUGAGGUGCGAUAUUCUUUUCUGAGCGUGAAGCGGGCAGAGAAUAAUGAUUCAUUUCAUACGUUCUCUGUCAUUGAUGAUCGUUCUUUGCUUCCUAGUGGAGCUUGGAGGAAAGGAAUAUGAUCAGAGUGGU